ACCAUGUAGCAUCUAGUGGUCACAUGACACAAUAAUAUACUAAAAUGAUUCAAAACAAGGUCACAGGAAUCCCCGUCAAAAGUUUCUACAGUUAGUACAGAUAGAAACAUGGGCCAUGCUCAAAUUCUAAUCAAAGCUAAAAUGUUGUUUUUGGACUGAUUGUGUUCUUCUGAUCCGAAAUGGAAAGGAUAACUCUCACAUUGUGCAAAGUUAAGUUUUUAUACUUUUAGGUCAUACUAAUCCAAAAUAGCUAGAAGAAAUUAAAAAUGCACGCCAAGAAAAUGCCUGGGUCUCCGGAGGAUUGUAUCAUAUAGCAGAUGAACACAGUGAUAUUUGAGAAGUGAAAUGAAGUUUAUAGGAUUUACAGAAAGUGUGCAAUAAUUAUUUAUUUACUAAAUUAAUUACAAAUUUGAUCACCCCAACAAAAAAAAACAAAAAAAAACAAUAUACAUCAAUAUUUAGUAUUAGAUUCUCCUUUUGCAGAAAUACUAGCCUCUAAAAGCUUCCUAUAGCUUCCAAUCAGAGUCUGGCUUAAGCAGGUUGAAGGUAUUUUGGCUCAUUCUUCUUUACAAAACAUCUAAUCAUCUCCAGUUCAGUCAGGUUAGAUGGUUUCUGAGUUUCUGAUCAUGAACAGUCUUUACGCUUUAAAUCACACCACAGAUUAUCAAUAAUAUUCAGGUCUGAGGACUGAGAUGAUCUGAGAUGAUCAUUCCAGAACGUUGUACUUCGUUGUUCCUCUGCAUGAACGCUUUAGUGCUUUAGUAGAUUUUGAGCAGAGUUUAGUGUUUAGUGUUUAGUGUUUAGGGUCAUUGUCUUGUUGAAGUACCCAGCCCUUCCAGCGCUUCAACUUCUUGAACUUUUUCUCCUGAUUCUUCAACAUUGUUCUGAAGAAUCUGCUGAUAUUGACUGGAAUCCAUGAGACCCUCAACUUUAACACGAUUCCCAGUACCUGCACUGGUCCCACAGCCCCACAGCAUGAUGGAACCACCACCAUUAGAUUUCAGUCAGUGUUUGUGUUGAAAUGCUAUGUUCUUUUUUUGUCCUCCAUGCAUAAAUAACCGCCUUUAAAAUAACCCUAAAUAAAUUUUAGCUUCAUCAGUCCACAGACAGCAUCUUAUUCCUCAGACCCGUCUCUGCAGAGCUUUUCUAACUGCGUGAAUGCUUGCUGCAGGUGAAAUUGAAAGGGUACGUUGCUAAGAAACCACGUCCAAUUGGAGGAGCCGUAUUAACAUAAGGAACUUGUCUCCUGCUUCUUUUGUAUCCGUGGUGCCGGGUCGUUCCUACCUGGACCGGCUGCCUUUACAUAACAUCUCAUUUACACGCACAGUGGUCUCCUCCACGUGUUCCAGUUCCCGCUAACUCAGUGUGUCCCCAUGCUUCUGCUUUCUUCCUCUGUUCCCUCGUUCCCUCAUUCCCUCGCUCUCCCGCUCCGCAGCGCUCUGAGUUUAUUAAUUGGCUGGUAAGUGAAGAGUGAAGAUCUAUCUGUGUUUGGUGUGCCGAACGUAGAGAGUGUGUGUUAUACUCCUCUUUUUUUCUGCAGUGCUCUACUCCCACUCACCUUUGACUGGAAAUAACCUGAAAUAAAUAUUGAACAGAGGGUUUCCCUUGAAAAUCUCACAAAGCUGAAACUGGCCUUUGAGGAUUAUGAAAAGGCUGGCACCCGAUCACUCGACCUCCCGCGGUUCAGACAGACCAUUAGGAGGUGUUUGGGUCUGCGUGAUAUCACCGACGCUCAGAUUCGCGAGCUCUUCAUGAAGAUCGAUUACUCCGGACAAGGCAGCGUCGAAUGGGAUGAGUUCUGCACGUAUAUGCAGCUGGAGUACACAGAAAAGGAGGAGCUGGUGGUCCGCAGUAAGCAGGUGGCCUUCGCUUUACCAGCUACUAUGAAGCCUCUGAGUCACGGAGAGCCCAUCCUGAAAAUCCAUCAAAUCUCUGAUGGGAUGAUCGUGACCCUCAAAGAAGACGGAGCGGUCAGCUACUGGAGCUCCACACUUCAGCUGAGGAAGAGCAAAAGCGUGUUUCACGAAAGACCCAUCGGACGAAAGGCAAAGUGGGCCACUGACCUCGUCACCAUGCCGCAGUACAACAAGCUGAUCAUUGGAACAGGGGACAGAGAAAUCCAGCUGUAUGAGCUUUCCUCUCUGGAGCCUCACUGUCAGAUAAACUCUCUGGAAACUGUACCUCUGAAAUUGGAUUACUGUUAUACAGGCCCUGAUGAGUGUGCUGUGGUGUACGGUGAUGCUCAGGGCUGUGUGAGUAUCAUACUAAUGACAUCGGUGGGAGAGACGCUGAGGUUGUGGAAGAAGUUGCCUAAGGUUGAGAAUGUGCCGAGCAUAAGCAUUGACCAUGCAGUCCAGUCUCCGAACAUCACCUACAUUAGAUGGAAAGUCCACGAAGACUGGGUCACAAAGGUGAAAUACUUCCAGAGCAUUCCUGCCGUCGUCUCCACGUCGAACCACGAAGCUUCUGCCCUUGUUAUCGGCUGCAUACUUCCCUCCACCAACAUUGAGCAGCAGAUGAGGGAGAUUAAGGAGGCGUGCCGCGAGGGAAAGGGGAAAAAGGCAGGAUUUGGCGUCAGCAGCCCUCAGCAGAGAGUGGCCUGCGACCAGACUGUCUUCUCCAUUUAUAAAGGGGUCAAAACCUUCGACUUCUGUACCACACGCAACCUGCUGAUCACUGGAGGGAUGGACCGGCUGAUACGCAUGUGGAAUCCUUAUGUUCCUGGGAGUCCUACGGGGAUUCUGAAAGGUCACUCUGCUCUCAUCUUCUACCUCCACAUCGCCACAGAGGACGGCCGGGUUUUCUCCGUGUCCACCGACAACAGCGCCAGGAUUUGGGACAUUCAGGACCAGAGCUGCCUGUUUGCUGCCCAUCCUAAAGCCAGUUUCCUGCGCGGUGAACUGACCGCCUGCCUGUACUCACCAGCAGUGAAGGGUCUCUACAUCUCCACCGAUUCACUCGCUCUGCUCUCACUCAAAACCAAAGCCGAGCCGCAGGGCUCCUACACCACGUCCCACAAGGAGGCGGUGCUGUGCUGCGGGUACAGCGCCGGGUUUCGGCAGGUGGUGAGCUGCAGCGAAGGCUCGGUGAUUAAAGUCUGGGACGUGGACACAGGAAAUGAAAUGUUCGAGUUUGGAGGUGCUCAUGGACUUUCAGCCGUUACCUGCAUGACCUUUGACCCGAAAGGAAGGAGGCUGGUAACAGGAGGGAGAGACGGCUGCUUGAGGAUCUGGAACUUUAAUAACGGGCACUGUCUGAAGACGCUCAGUCGAGAGGACGGAGCUCCUGAGAUCUGUGACUGCUGCUAUCUACAAGUCCAUCGGAACACGUUUGUGAUGUCUGUUGGCUGGGCUCGGAGGAUUGACGUUUACUUAGACUCCGCCGAGGACACGCGCCACGUCCAGAGACCUAAACCAGCAUGGGAGGACGAUCUAAUGAAAGGACACAGAGAGGACGUCCUCUGCGUGGCUCAGUGUCCUCCCUAUCUGCUGGCCACCGGGAGCUACGACGGAGAGAUCAUCAUGUGGAAUCUGGUAUCAGGACGCAUCCAGAGCCGCUUUCUGACUCCGCCUCCUCCGAACGCUGAGGAUCCUCAGACUGUGGACAGGAGUGUGCUGAGUCUGGUCUUCUUAAGGACCCGGGCGAUAGAUGCUGCGUUCUCCUCAGCUGCAUCUCUCCUCUCCUCAGGAGCUCAAGGUCAGGUCCAUUUCUGGAACGUUCAGAACGGAGGGAAAUUCGUUCAGUCUUUUAACGCGUCUCGACUCCAGCAGCAGAUUAGGAAGCUGGCGGUGACUGCAGACGACAGGCUGCUCUUCGCGGGUGACGAUGUCGGCUACGUCUGUGUUUACGACAUCCAGCACUGCGCCCUCGCCCUCCGACAGGAUCCUCCGCCCACCGUGAACUUCUGGCGCGCACAUAUUAGCAGCAUAACCGGGUUGCAUCUGAUCGAGAGCGAACAAGUUCUGCUGACCUCUUCUACAGACUGCACAGUGCGCCUGUGGAGCAUCACCGGGGAGUUUAUAGGUACUUUUGGGCAGCGUGAGAGAUGGAGCCUCCACACUGCAUCAUCCUGGAAGCAUCCUGCUGUUCCCUAUGAAGUUCUUAUAGAUCCUCUGAGCCUGCCCUCCCACUGCAGGCUGGAUGGGAAGAUUCAGACUCUUUCAGAUGUGCUGAGCUCUGAGAGCACUGAGGACACUGAGUCAGAUUCCCCCAACAAGGUCAGAAACCGGCUGCCGAGCUCCAGCGACAGGGAGAUGGAGGAGAUUAACAGCGCUUUUUAUCCUCAACACAGGAAGUGGCGGCGCCAUGAAAUAUUCAAACAUGCUAACAAGAGCCCGGACCACGCCGGCCCCAAGCUCUACCACGCUUUGAAGUGCUACGAUGUUGACGACGUUCCUGCUGCAUGCGAGGAGCUGGAUCUCACCCUCGCUGGGAUCGAUGCUUUUACAGCCAGCUCUGAGCGCGAGGAGCCGGCAGGAAUAUAAAUCAGCUCGGCUCCGUUACGUUACGUACGUUAAAGGAGUCUCUGAGCGACCCUUUAAACCCCAAGGAGAUCAUCAAGAAGCUUCUGCUUUUAGAGCACAUCAUCUACUGGGAAUAUACAGCAAAAAAAAUACGAAUCCACUUAAAAAUGAUGAGUUUCUUUCAUUUUUACCAAAUUGAAAACCUGGAGGAAGAUGGAUGAUCACAAACCAUCAAACCACCAAACUGAACUGCUUGAAUUUUUGCACCAGGAGUAAAGCAGCAUAAAGUUAUCCAAAAGCAGUGUGUAAGACUGGUGGAGGAAGAGAACAUGAUGCUAAGAUGCAUAAAAUUGAAACUGUGAUUAAAAACCAUUUGGGUUAUUCCACCAAAAAUUGAUUUUUGAACUCUUAAAACUUUGCAUUAUUUGAGGUCUGAAAGCUCUCAUCUUUUUUUUUUUUUUGUCAGUCCAGCCAUUUCAAAUUUUCUGGAGAUGGAGAUAAAUAAAUACAGGACAAUCCUGGAAAAAGAAAAGCUGUUGGAGGCUGUAAAAGACUUGAGAUCUUCCGGCAAGACGAUGACCCUAAACAUACAGCCAGAGCUACAGUGGAGCUAUAAUGAUUUAGAUCAGAGAAUAUUCAUGUGUUAGAAUGAUCCAGUUAAAGUCCUAAAGACCUAAAUCCCAUUGAUCUUCUGUGGAGAGACAUGAAAACUGCUGUUCACAGACCAACGCUCUCCAUCCAACCUGACUGAUCUUCAGCUGAUUUAUAAAGAAGAAUGGAGGAAAAAUCUCUCAAAAAGUGUCCAGAUGAUCAAAGCUGAUAGAGAGAAACUCUAAAAGAUCUGCAGCUGUUUGUUUACCACUUUAAAUAUUAUUAAAAUAUAAAUAAGAUUUUCAAAAAACAAAAUGAUAAAAAAAAAAUGCUACUUUUAUUUCAUUUUAUUUUAUUAUUUUUUUGUUUUAUUUUUGCUUGUUUCCAGACAAAACACUCAAAAACAUACAACAUGCUUUCAGUACAAUCAUUUUAUACAAUUGAAAC